GCCUAUCCUGAUUUCCCUGGCGACGUUUACAAAUGGCGACGAUGAAGAGUGCUGUUGAAGAUCUGAAGGAUGAAAGGGUUCCUCAGUGUUUGUACUGGAAUGUAGACCAAGUUGCAGACUGGAUAGAAGAUCUUGGAUUUCCAUAUUAUAGGUCAUGUAUAGCAGAGAACAUGAUCGAUGGGAGGAAACUGAUACACCUUGAGGCCUCACAUCUACCAAACAUUGGCAUAACAGAUUUUGAACAUAUAAAAAUUGUUGCAAAGAGUGUUCGAGACCUGUUGAUUUUAGAAGAACCUAACUGGAACAGAAGCAUAUCACUGCCGCCCAGAAGUGACAUAGGUAUGUACUUGGAGAAGAAGUCUGGAACUGGGAAGGAAUGGGACGGGGUCACCUACACGAAGUACCUUAUUGAUAACAAGGACCCGAAAUGGAAGCCACUACUGUCAAACCACUGCCUCAUAUUGCCCCAUGACUAACAAUCAAUGUGUGCCAAGAUACAGGAGAUAAUCUGCAAUGUUUAAAUGGUGGAUAUUUAAGCCUGGUUUAUGUUAUAUUUAUGAAAAGUAAGAGAUAAGAUUAAGACACCAAGGAUUUACCUGUAUGCAACCAGUUUGCUUGCUGCAGCAUAUUUGCCAAACGAUGCUAACUUUUCCCAAUUUCACAAACCAGCAAGUUUUUUUUAAAGAUAUGUCAAUAUCACUAUUUAUUCUUCACAAUAUUUUACCCAUAAACACUGCUAUUAAGUAAAAAUACUUUGUUUUCUAGACUUGAUUAUUUAUAAAAUCAUGUUCAUUAUAGUUGUAUCUUUUGUUAUGUUUAAAGCAAUGUGUUGUGUCACUGCCAUACAGGCAUGGGUGGCCAAAGAAAUGUUUUAACAAGUAUAAAAUUAUAAGCUGAGGUAUACUUCAAGGGUGAUAUUUGUUCUUAUACGUUUGUUCAUUUUUACUGGUGUUUUUUUCCACAGUGUCAAUCAUCUUUAGCUCACCUACUCUUUAACAGUGAGGCAUUUGCUUUUAUUAACAUGUUCAUAAAUCAUGUUAUGCUUUUUUUGUACUAGCCAACUUUGAAAAUGUUUCAUUCACAUAUAUAUAUAUAUAUAUAUAUAUUUGAUUUCAGUAUCUUACAUAAUGUUGUUACUUUUAAUAUGUAUAUAUAAUACAAUUUGUUUACGGUUUAAGAUAUAAAUUGUUCAAAUAAACUUUC